AUGUCUAACGACAAGGAGGAGAAGCGCAAGGCCGAAGACGGUAUCAACGGCCACGACUCCAAGCGAAUUAAGCCCUCCGUCUCGCCGCCGCCCCCCGAACACCCCGCCACCGAUACCGCGCCGUCAGCCAUCAACCACGAUGCCUUCCCCGAGAAGCCUGCCGUGACCGAAGAGCGCAACAGCGACAUCUCCUUCCAGGUCGUCAACAACGAUGGCCACCCGAACUCCCUCAUAGUCCUUACCGGUCUCAAAUGCAUCUUCCAGAAACAGCUGCCGAAGAUGCCCAAGGACUACAUCGCGCGACUCGUCUACGACCGAACGCACAUGAGCAUAGCAAUCGUCAAGCGCCCUCCGGCCGGCAGCUACGCCGAGUCGUCCAACUUGCCUGGUGAGAUCAUCGGCGGCAUCACAUACCGUCCAUUUCGUGGCAGGCAGUUUGCCGAGAUCGUGUUCUGCGCCAUCAGCAGCGAUCAGCAGGUCAAAGGGUAUGGCGCACAUCUGAUGAACCACCUCAAAGACUACGUGAAGGCGACUAGCGAUGUCAUGCACUUCCUGACCUAUGCCGACAAUUAUGCUAUUGGCUAUUUCAAAAAGCAGGGCUUCACGAAGGAGAUCACACUGGACAAGCCAAAAUGGAUGGGUUACAUCAAGGACUAUGAGGGUGGAACAAUCAUGCAGUGUUCCAUGCUGCCAAAACUCAGAUAUCUCGAGUCAGGGAGGUUGUUGCUGAAGCAAAAGGCGGUCGUUCACGCCAAAAUUCGGGCAGUGAGCAAAAGCUACGAGAUCCAUCAACCGCCUACCCAAUGGAGAAAAUGCAAACCCGGGCAGCCACUUCCUCAGAUCGAUCCGAUGUCCAUCGCUGCGAUCAAAGCCACUGGAUGGUCAGAGGACAUGGACUUGCUGGCAAGACAGCCUCGGCGCAACCCAUCGCAUAGCUUACUGCUAAGUCUGCAUUCGACCUUGUCAAACAGCAGCGCAGCGUGGCCAUUCAUGGUGCCUGUCAAUGGAGAUGAAGUGCACGACUAUUACGAUGUCAUCAAGGAGCCCAUGGAUCUGGCCACUAUGGAAUCAAAGUUGGAGAAGGACCAAUACGAGACGGUUGAAGACUUCAUCAAAGAUGUCCUUUUGAUCGUGCGCAAUUGCAAGCGGUACAAUGCUGAGACUACUCCCUACGCCAAGGCUGCCAACAAGCUGGAGAAGGAGCUGUGGAAGAAGGUCCGCGAGAUCCCAGAGUGGAGCUACAUCGAGCCUGAGAAUUUUGAGACCACCAACCGACAACCGGAGUAG